CGUAAUCGUUACAGACAUCGUAACAAAAAUCUUUAAAAUCAUUCUAAUAUUUUUUUUGACGUUAGAUGUCUGUACUCGUAAAUGCAAAAUAUGCAAGGUUUUUGUUUGUCUAACACUUAUAGAUUUAUUAACUAUCAAUCAAUGUAAGUUAUUAUUUCAAAGUUACUUUAACAAUGUUAAUAAAUGAGCUUCCAGAUGAUUGUUUUCUGGAAAUCUUUGAUUACAUUCAAGAUUUAAAAGAUUUAAUUAACUGCUUCAAAGUUUGUAUAAAAUGGCGUAAUUUGAUUGCUACUCGAAUUAAAAAAGUUAAAUAUUUUAUUGAUCAACCCAAUUAUUCGCCUGAUUCAGUUUGUCAUCAAACAGAUGAGCCAAUUGAUGUAACAUUUUUGAGCAAAUGGCUUCCAAAUUUAAGGAUUGUCGACGUUUUGCUUAAAACACCAAAGGAAGAUAUUGCUAAACUAAUCAGAGGCACAGAAUCUUUGAAAGGAAUAAUGUGUUAUGGUUAUUCGGAUUUUGCAUUGAGCACUAACAUCGAAAUGUUAUCUAUCUCAUUUAUUCAUCCGGACAUUGAUCUGAAACAGAUUAAAAUCAAUGAAACUGUGAAACAAAUAAAUUUUUGGAACUCUACUCUAGGAGAAUUCAAAGAAGUGGCCCAUUAUUUUCCAAAUCUUGAAAGGGUAAAAAUUAAUAUUAGAUGUUUACUAGAUUAUGUACCUUAUGGCUCUAAUGAUUCAGUAUUGGAAAAUCUUAAAAUAGUUGAAUCAGCUGAAUACUCUGACACAUGCUCUUCAUUUGUAUUCAUAGAUUUAUGCCCAGCAUUACAGAGUGCUCAUCUCAAAAUUGCUAGCCAAUACCUGACCGUCAAUGAUUCAAUAAAAUGUACAAAUUUACAAGAUUUAGUUAUAGAAUUUGGUCAACCAAUCGAAUGGAAUGAUAUAUGGAGAUUAAUGUCAAAAUAUCCAAAUCUAAAGCAUUUGGCAAUUAAAGGCACCUAUUUAAGAGCGGAACACAUAAAGCAAUUGAUAUUAAUUUUGCCAAAACUUAUUCUACUUGAUGCUCGUGAAGCUUAUAAAGUCACUCAAGAAGCUGCUAAUCAUGUUCAGGAUUAUUGUGAACAGCAUGGACGAUCAAUCAAGUUUUAUUUUAAAAAAGACGAUAAACAAAUUGAAGCUGAUUGGCCGCAGAUAUUGAAUCGACCAAAAAAAAUCUGUCGUGGAUUCGAUUUCAUGGAACAUUGUUUUUUCAAAAGAUUCAAUGAUUUGCCUGAUUUACUGGAUCCAAUAGAUGAUUAGAAAUGCAAAUGAUAAAAAAAUGUAUAUCCAUUGCACUUAAUCUUCGUUUCAGCUCCGAGGAAUACGAUAUUGAAAGAAAAGUUGCUAUCUUCAUAAAAUUCACCAUCUUGGCUAACCUUUCAAUCCGAUAUUUUGAGCACACAAAAAAAGUUCUUUAAUCUUGGUUUUAAUGUAAAAACGCACUUUAAAUCUUACAAUUCCAAUAUAAAAUUUUAUUGGAUUUUAUUUGCAAUCAUUUGCACGGCUAAGCCGUUGAGCAUUCAACUGAUUUUUCGACUAAGUCGACCAGCUGUGGUUUCGUAUUCUUAUCAUAGUUGCAACUAGAAAUUGAUAAGUUUAAAGUUGUUUAAUCUCAGAGUUACCAUUUUAAAAUUGAUUUAACAAUGUUAAUAAAUGAACUUCCAGAUGAUUGUUUGUUGAAUAUUUUUGAUUUCAUUCAGGAUUUAGAAGAUCUAAUAAACUGCUUCAAAGUUUGCGAAAAAUGGAGUAAUUUGAUUGUUGCUCGGAAUAAAAAAGUUAAAUAUUUUAUUGGCCGACCAAACUAUUUACCUGAUUCUGUUUCUCAACAAUCAAAAAAGCCAAUCGAUGUAACAUUUUUGAGCAAAUGGUUUCCAAAUUUAAGGUUUCUCGACUUUUCAUACCCAUGUUUUAAAAAAGUACCAAAAGAAGAAUUCGCUCAACUAAUUAUAGACGCAUUUGUGGAACCAAUUGACACAAUAUGUUUUCACACAUUGUUUCCAGAUUUGUUUGACGAAUUAUUUUUUGGUAAAAAUGCUCGUCAAUCAGAUGAGCCAUUUACUGUAACGUUUUGGAACAAAUGGGCUCCAUAUUUGAGGAAAAGAUCACCACUCGAAGAUAUUGUUGAACUAAUCAGAGACUCAGAAUCUUUGAAAGGAAUAAUCUGUGGGGAUUAUUUAAAUUUCAGAUUGAUGCCGCAAAAGCUAACCUCGAAAUGCUAUCUACCGGAUUUAUUAAUCCGAACAGAAUUAAAAUCAAUGAAACUAUGAAACAAUUGAACCUUUUUGACACUAC